AUGAACUCGGACCAGCUCGCUCAACGCGUCAGCACGUCCUACUCUUCUCCUUGGUUCAAGGUCUCGGUUUCCUUUGACUUCCCAACGUGGGGCUCAAAGGCCGAGGCAGACGCCAAGGUACCGGUCGUCAAAAUGAGCUCAGCCGAUAACAUGUCAGAACUGCUGCUAUCCAAGUCAGUGCUUGAUACAGUACCCCUGGCAAGCCAAACUACAAACCCUACGACGUCCAACAAGCCGCCUCCACCACCCCCAGCGUCAACGGUCGACCGCGUGAUUGCGAUUGUGCGAAUGGUGGUGGCUUUCAUCACGGCCUUCCCGUUAAGCUCCUACUGCAAUUAUUUCUGUAGCGUCAUUCACUGCUUCUUGCACUGCUACUGCUGGUUCUGCCAUCACGUCUGUUGCGUCGUCCACUGCUUCUUGCACUGCUGUUGCAUUUGCUGCCGUUGCUACUUUUGCUUCGUGAAUCGCAUGAUCUCGCCUGCAAAGGACUUUGGCGUCUUUGCCGCCAAAUGGAUACGUUACUCUAUAGUGGACAUUAUUACAAUUCUGGCUACCACUACAACUGCAGGUAUUCUCUUCCAGCUGUACCUCUCCAAACCGCCGGCGUCUCGCUCGUUUGCCGUCUUCAACCACAACAAUGAGGUUGUCUAUCCGCAGUUCGCCUUCCCUCUGCGCGAUGAAAUCAUCCCGUCUUGGUUGGCCAUAUUCCUUGGUCCCUUUGUGCCGGUGGUGAUCCUAGUGCUGCUUCAGCUGUACGUUCGUUCGUUCUGGGACGCCAACAAUGCAAUCUUUGGCGUGCUGUACUCGCUCAGCAACUCGGUCGUCUUCCAGGUCAUCAUCAAGUGGCUCAUCGGCGGUCUCCGCCCUCACUUCCUAGACGUGUGCAAGCCGGACCUGUCACUCGCCAAAACGCUGCCUCCUCACAGGUCGGCUUACAUUGCGUCCGGCUUCAACAACAUGUACUACACCCGCGAGAUCUGCACGGGCGACCCGCGCCAAAUCAAUGACGCUCUCUCCAGUUUUCCUUCGGGUCACACUACAGCCGGGUUUGCUGGGUUUGUCUUCCUCAGUCUGUACUUGAAUGGCAAGUUCAAAAUAUUUUCGCAUCAGCACACCCAGCUGUGGAAGCUGCAUCUGUUCUACGCCCCAAUUCUCGUUGCCACGCUCAUUGGUGGUGCGUUGACCAUUGAUGCUUUCCACAACUGGUACGACAUUGUGGCCGGAGCCGCGAUUGGCACGACAAUGGCCUUCAGCGCCUACCGCAUGACCUACGCAGCCGUCUUUGAUCCUCGCUACAACCACAUUCCGCUGCAUCGCAACCGGCCCUUUGACUACGAUGCCAUUGUUCCCAGUAACUCCGGCCUCACGUACUUGGACCACAGCAGGCUGUAA